AUGUCUCAAAAGAUUGUAACUGUCGUCGGCUCUACUGGCCAACAGGGCAAGGCCGUCAUCGCAGCAUUCGCUGGCAACCCCCAGUAUCGCAUCCGCGGAGUCUCCCGCAAUCCUGACAGUGCUGCUGCCAAAGCCCUGAUAUCCGCGGGGAUUGAAGUCGUCCAAGCCGACCUCAACGACCUCAACUCUCUCACUGCGGCCUUUCAGGGCUCCCACAUCGUCUUCGGAGUCACUGACUUCUGGAACUUGUUCCGGAUCCAUGGUCCGAUAAAGUCAAAGGAAAUUGAACGCGAGCAGGCUAGUAAUCUUGUGAGAGCAGCUUCGGCGACGCCAACGCUUGAACAUUACAUCUGGAGUACCCUGCCCAAGGGUAGCAAGGACUACCCUGUUUACCACUUUGAAGGGAAAUCGGAAGCCGACGACCUUAUCCGCAGGGAUCCAUUCCUACUACCCAGAACUACGUUGUUCAUGGUAUGCUAUUACGCCAAUAAUUUGCAGAUUGCCUCGUUCCGUCCUUACUGGAUCGAGACCGCGAACAAGUAUGUGCAAUUCACUACCUACGAUUCCGAGACCAUUAUUCCAUUCAUCGGUGCUGUAGACAACGUUACACCGUUUAUCAAGGCCAUUAUUGCCAACCCAGAGAAAACGAAGAACGGUACAAUGGUCAUCGGCAGCAUUGGGCAGUGGACGGCCAAGAAGUGGGUUGAGGAAUGGGCUGCAGCGAGGGGCGCACAGGCACAUUUGGUGCAAAUUUCUCGGAAGGACUACCGCGCAUUGUGGCCCUGGCCUCGUUGGUCGGAGGAGUUUGCUCUCAUGAUGGACUAUUUCAAGUUCGUCCCUCUCCAGGACUGGACCGAAUCUGGACUUAACAUUUUGACUGCUGAAAACUUGAAUGUCACUCCAGUGGAGACUCUUGAGGAGUGGGCGAAGACUUAUGAUCUUCCUGAUUCUAGCGAUGUUAGCUACUAG